CGCGCGAAGACAAAAUGGAGGAUGGUGAAAUAUUAAAUAAUGAUAGUGAAUCAUUACAAGAUAGGAUCAUUGAUUUAGAAAAGAAAAUUCAAGAACAGGCAGAUGAAAUUGUAUGUUUAAGAAGUACAUUAGCUGAUGUCCUUCGACGAGUUACUCAACUAGAAGGCAGAGCUCCUGUGAUUACAAGUAUUAAUAAUUCUGUUCCUGUCAAAAUUUCAAAUUCAUAUCGACCUGGUAGUAUUCCUUAUCAUAGACAAUCAUUUAGUGGAGUUUCUGGACUUAGUGGUGUAAAUUCUCAUCAUGCAUCAACUAAUUCUUCACAAAAUUCACGUCCUCUUUCUCAUUACCCUUCUACUAGUUCCCUUCAUAGCGAUAGUUCUGCUUCAGUAUCUCCAAUUCCUUCUCCUUUACCAACACAAACAGUUACUUCUGUAAGUACAUCAUCUCCACGUCAUACACCAUCACCAAAUCGUUAUAUCUCAGCAUCUACUUCCAAUUUAUCAAAUAUGAAAAAAUGGACUAGUCAAGAAUUGGGAUCUCAAUAUCUUAAUAGAUCUGCCACUAGCGGAUCUCUGUAUAAUCUGCAUAUCAGACCAUCAAGACAUGGCACCAAAGAAGCUGUUUUAAAUCAAGAGGAUGGAACAAUCAAGAUGUAUCUUUAUGGUAAACCUUUUGUAAUGCAUAUUCCAACUGAAUAUUUGCAAGAUUAUAAUCUUAGUAAAGUCAACAGUAUUCCAGUACCAAGAUUAAAAUUGGAAUGGGUUUAUGGAUACAGGGGAAGAGAUUGUCGUACUAAUUUAUAUUUAUUACCUACUGGAGAAAUAGUAUAUUUUAUUGCUACUGUUGUUGUAUUAUAUAAUGUAGAAGAUCAAAUACAAAGGCAUUAUCUUGGUCAUACUGAUGAUAUUAAAUGUUUAACUAUACAUCCAAAUAAAUUGCUGAUUGCAACAGGACAACUAACUAGUUUAGACAAGAAAGAACGUCGAUAUAGACGUAUGUCUCUUACCUCAACAAGUGUUACUCACUGGGUGAGUGUCUUUAAUAUCAAAUAUUUCACACUGGUUUCAUUUUUUAAUGCAUUCUGUAAUUGGAUUACUGUAGAUGGAGGUUCACAAAUAUGUGUGAUUGACAAUUCACCAGAACAUACAAUAUCAUUAUGGGACUGGCAAAAAAGUGAAAAAGGAAGUAAAAUAACAGAGACAAAGUGUUCUUCUGAAACAGUACUUGCUGUUGAGUUUCAUCCAAUGGAUCGAUAUACUAUUAUUACAUUAGGUAAAGGACAUGUAUAUUUUUGGGAUACUGAAGGAGGAACAUUAGCAAAAAAAAUUGGAAUAUUUGAAAAACAUGAAAAACCAAAGUAUGUGCUAUGUAUGGCUUUUACGGAAUUAGGAGAUUUGUUAACCGGUGAUUCAAAUGGAAAUAUAAUGAUGUGGACAAGAGGUGCUAAUAGAGUAUCUCGUACUUUAUAUAAUAUCCACGAAGGAGGAGUAUUUACUAUAUGUUCUAUGAAAGAUGGCACAUAUGUAACUGGUGGAGGUAAAGAUCGUAGAAUUGUAGAGUGGGAUCAUACUUUCUCAAAAACAGGUAGAGAAGCAAAGUUACCAGAACAAGUAGGAGGAGUUAGAGGCUUAGCUCAGGGCAAAGGCAAUCUCUUACUUGUUGGAACAAUUAAAAAUUGUAUACUUCAAGGAACGUUUUCACUUAAUUUUUCAGUCAUUGUUCAGGGACAUAAGGAAGAAAUUUGGGCACUUGCUGUUCAUCCAUUUCAAAACCAGUUCUUAAGUGGUGGUUUUGAUAAUCAUAUACAUCUAUGGGAUUCUAUGUCACAUUCUGUUAUAUGGACUAAAGAUAUUGGUCAUCCUAUUCGAUCAGCUUGUUUUUCACCUGAUGGCAAUAUUUUGAUCUUAGCCACAACUUCAGGCCAAUGGAUGGCAAUGGAUGCUACUACUCGGCAGAUAUAUUUUAUGCACACAGAUGGAGUUGAACCUGUAAGCUGUGUUAAAUUUUCUCCUGAUGGCCAUUAUUUAGCGGUAGGAUCUCAUGACAACCAUGUAUAUGUUUAUCAAGUUGAUGAAGAUUAUAAAAAAUACCAUAGAAUUGGUCGUUGUGUGGGUCAUUCAAAUUUGAUAGUGCAUAUUGAUUGGUCAGAAGACAGUACUUAUAUUCAAACAACAUCAGGAGAUCAUGAAUUAUUAUAUUGGAAUGCAAGUGUUUGUAGACCACUGACAAAUAUGUCAAUAGCUCGAGAUGUUAAAUGGAAGACUCACAACUGUACACAUGGAUUUUUUGUUUUUGGAAUUUGGCCAGAAAAUUUAGAUGGGACAGAUAUCAACGCAUGUGAUCGUUCAAAUAAUUGUAAGUUACUUGUUACUGGGGAUGAUGCUGGUAAAAUUAAACUUUAUACUUAUCCUGCCUGUCAACCAAAGUGCCUACACCAUAUAUACUGUGGCCAUAGCAGUUAUGUUACAGCAAUUGGAUUUCUACAGGAUGAUGCCCGAAUAAUCUCUCUUGGUGGUAGAGAUUGGAGUAUUUUACAAUGGAUGAUCAUUUAGAAUUUCUUAAAUGGAAUUUAUUAAGAGAGAAUUUUAUUUAUUUUCCAUAGAUAUUAAUAAGAACUGAAAAAAAAAUAAUGGCUAUGAAAACUUUAUUUGUAAUGAAUCCAUUUUCUAAAUUUUUGAUUAAAAUAGAAUAAAAAUUGUAGGACACUGCCAUAUCAUGUUUAAUGUUAUAGAAAAAUUUUUGAUACAA